GAAAGGCCGUCUCUAAAACAAAUAGACAUUCUGGUACUGGGCCUACAGUAGAGGCCAAAAUCCAAAAAGAUACAGAGAUAUAUAUUAGGGUCAUGAAAAAAUUACAGCAAGUAAUGAAAUGUUAUUCCUACGACACUGAUUAAUUUAUUCUAAUUAACUGGACACUGAACGAGUUUUGUUAAAAUAAAGUGGGAAGGAAUGCAAAAAUCAGGAUCGCUGGUUAGAGGUUGCCGUUCUACGUUUGGUUAUAUCAGAACAAUGACCGAUAUUCAAGGAACCGGUAAUCAUUUAGAACGCUCCAUAAGAAAGAAAUUAGAGGAUUCACUGAAACCUGAAUUUUUAGAGAUUUUAAACGAGUCUUACAUGCAUAACGUACCAAAAGGAUCGGAAACUCACUUUAAGGUUAUAGUGGUCUCCGAAAAGUUUGCGGAUCAACCUCUCAUCAAGCGCCACCGGACGGUGAAUGAAAUAUUACAAGUGGAAUUACAGAACGGAGUGCACGCUCUUUCGAUAGUGGCGAAAACUCCUGCGCAGUGGAAGGAAAGUAACAAAGUGGUCUCACCUACGCCAGCGUGCAGAGGAGGUUUCGGAAAAUAAAUUCACAGUAAUCCACGCACUAAACACCUUGAAAUCACGACAUUUCUACG